AUGAUGAAGCACAGCAUCAAGGGGCUGUACUGCUUCAUCGACGAGAUCCGGAACUGCAAGUGCGCGGAGGACGAGGAGAAAACGGUGCUGCAGGAAAUAAUUAAGAUAAAGAAAAAGUUUACGGAAAAGAACAUGAGCAAUUACAAAAGGAAGAAGUACAUAUGGAAGCUGAUUUACUGCCACAUCCUGGGCUACGGCAUUUCGCUCUCCUACCUAGACAUCAUCAAAUUGAUGAGCAGCUCUAACUUCAGUGACAAGUAUUGUGGCUACACAGCGCUCUCCCUCCUGGUGAACGAAAAUAGCGAAAUGCUCCACAUGAUGAUAAGCACAAUUAAGCUAGACCUGAAGAGCAACGACGAAAAGGUGAAUUUUCUGGCCCUACAUUUCGCUAGCCAAAAGAUAAAUGAUCUGUUAAUAGAAAAUAUGUACGAGGAUAUCCUCCACAUCGUUACGUCAAAUUAUAUUUACAAACCGAACAUCCGGAAGAAGGCCUUCCUCUGUUUGGCAAAUAUAUACAAGAAGAGACAUGACCUCCUACUGAAGAGCAAAACCGAAUUGGAGAUCUUCAAAUUUUUAGAUCAAAAUUUGAACGAAGUUAACAUGUUUAACGUUUUUGCUUACCUCAAUUUGAUAUACGUGAUCAUUUUGGUUUUUCAAAAAUACGAGGCUAUGCAGACGUACCGGAGCAAGCAGCAGCGCAGGAGGAAGAAGCGCUUCGAGGGCAAGGCCCACGGGGGGCUCAACGGGGAGGACCACCCGGGGGGGGGCGACCAAGAGGAGGACGACGAGGAGGAGGAAGACGAGGAUGAUGGGGAAGAUGACGAUGAUGGGGAAGAUGACGAUGAUGACGAGGAUGCCUCCUCCAACGGGGGGGGCAACCGGCGGGAUGAACACCCCGGCAAGAGGGAGGACCUCAAGGCGGACCACAGCAACCUCGGCGGCGUCGGCAACUCCAGCGGGCUCGGCAGCGUCGGCAACCUCGGCUACCUCAGCAGCAGGCGAAUCAUCUCGCUCAACAUAAAGGACGAAGUAAAACGGAAGAGGUACCACAAACACAACAGCUCCUCCCUCUCCAACGAGCAGAGCUUCGUCUACAACGAUUUGAAGCGAGUAGACAAGAUUUUGGAAAUCGACUCUCAGUGCAGCUUCAACCUUGAUGAGGUAAAUUUUUAUGAGGUCAAAAAAUACAUUAACAAGUAUAUUCACUUCAUCUUAAACGUGCUGUACCUCAUUUUGGAUGAGAAUUUAAAAAUCGAUGAGGGGUUUUACUACAGCCAGUUCAGGUACCCCUUCCUGCUGAUUAAGUGCCUGCAGAUGGUGCAGCUCUACGACCUGCAGGGAUUGUCCCAGAGCACCGUCAACAACAUUAAUGAUAUUCUCUACCGCAUUGUUAGCAAACCGUUUAAGAAGCUGCAGGGCAGGGUCGGCUUUGAGGCGGCCCGCCAGGUAGGGGCCCCUGUUGGAAGUGGCAUCGCUGCUGGACGUGGCCCCGCUGCUGGUGGCGCCCCCCGCAGCAGGCACGCCGCGGGAGGCAACCCGGGCAGGAGGAACCUCUUCAGGAAGAGCUUCUCCAAGAACAGCUUCUACAUGGGGGCCAAGAAGUCCAAGGAGGAGCUGCGCAACGAAAAGAGCACCACCUACAUCGAGUACGCCAUCAUCUACGAGUGCUGCAGUGUGCAAAAUUUCCUCGGCAACAAAAUCGAGGACCGAAACAGGGACAUCAUUCUCUGUCUCAUCACAAAUUCGUUCGAUUCGAAGAAGGCUAACAUUAAUUAUGUCAUUCUGAAUAGCCUCGCCAAGUUAAAAAUGAACCUAAAAAUUUAUAGCUUGCUGGAAAACCACAUCAUGCAUCUUAUAAACCUCCUUAACAACGAUGACAUUACCAUCAAGUUGCAAACGUUUAAUAUCCUCUUUAACAUGUGUAAUAGCUCCAAUUGGAAGCUCCUCAUCAAUGUUUUUCUGCACCACCUGCCCUACAUAGACCCCUACAUACAAAACGAAGUCAUAAUAAAGAUAUCCAUCCUCGCGGAGAAUUUCUCCCCAGAUUUGUCCUGGUACAUUGACGUCAUAUUCAAGAUGAUAGAAAUCACCCACAGGAAUAUUUUCCCAGAGGUGUGGUUCCGCUUGGUUCAGAUCGUCACUGGCUUCGUGGAAGGGGAGCAAGCGGACAAGGGGGGAGACAAACCGGAUAAGGGGGCGGACGGCCGAGAGAAGGGAGACUCACGUGAGAAAGCGGCCAAGCCGUCCAAGAAGGAGAGCACCACUGCUACCACCUCUGCGGAUUGCACCAAAUCUAAGGAGGAACAGAAGGUGCAAACGUACGCGGCGAUGAAGUGCUACAAGUACCUAGCCGACCGAUACACAAAAAUUGAAUUGCUCAUAGACCUGUGCUCCUACAUCAUCGGGUCCUUUGGGCACCUCAUAAAGGAUAAAGUGCCCAUGAGCAGCCAGCUAAAAAUUUUAGAAAAAUAUUUCACCCUCGGGUCGUCCAACACCAAGUGUGUCAUUCUGAUGGCCAUCAUGAAGAUGGUUUUCUACGAGAGCAAGCUCAUGUCGGCGGUUAAGAAAAUCCUCACCAACUGCAUCAGCCACGCGGACCUGGAGCUGCAGACCAGGGCCUGUGAGUUCCUCAACCUCUGCAAUUUGAACAACGCCGGUGUGCUGAAUUACCUGCUCAAGGGCAUGCCCCUCUACCACACCAAGAAGGUGCACGAGAACUUCCUCAUCAAGCGCCUCCUGGAGAAGAACAAGCACGCCGUGAUCGACUUCAACGAAAAGGACAGCUCGCUCAAGCUGGAGAGGCCCCCACAGAGGGCCAAGCCGGCCGGCAGGCACGAGCACAACUACAAGGAAAAAGGCGGCAAAGACGGCAGGGACAACGAGGACGAUAACGAGGACAACUACGACAGCGGAAGCGACUACAGCCGCCACAAGGGCUCCUCCUCCACCUCCUCCGAUGGAAGCUACAGCGGCAGAGUCAGACGAAAAGUGAGCAACGGGUCCGCGGCCUCCUCCGCGAAAUCCCAGAAAUCCUCCUCCCUCUCCACCCACAAAGCAAAAAAUACCAGUGAGCAGGCGGAUGAUAAUGCCAAGCUCUUUAAGUCGCUCUGCCUGCAGAAGGCCAACAACGUUAACGACCUUUGGUUCAACGCCUGCCUCUUGGACAAGUCCCUUUUCUUUAAGAACAGCGUCCUCUCCAUCCUCAUAAAGCAGAAGUACCAGGAGAACCGGGCCGUCCUCACCUUCUACGUGAAGAACAUCUCCAAGGCGCUGGUCAACUUGGCGAGCAUCCGCAUUGAGGAGUGCGAGCAGAUGAACAUCAAGGAGGCCCAAAUGGCGAUGAACGAGAAGAUUGAGCCCGACGGGGUGUACGUCCAUAAAAUCAGCAUCACCAUCGCGGACAUUUUUUACAACAUCCCCAGCAUCUACUUCAACGUCUUGACCACGAGCUCGGCGAACGCGAGCCUGUCGUCCAAGCUGCCCAUCCUGAUCACGCGCUUCAUCAAGGAGAACAAAAUGAACGAGGCCACCUUCAAGAUUUACUGGAAGGCCCUCACGCAGGUGCACAACGAGGACAUCGUAAUGGGCGUCCCCAAGUUCUCCAAGAAGUACUUCUUCAACUACCUCAUCAACGCGUUUAACUUUUACAUUUUGAAGAUCGGCUCGCUUAUCUGCGCCUCCGGCUACAUACACUUCCCCGCCACGGAAAGCGAAAACAAAAUUUUAAUUCUCGUCAAAAUUAGGCACGAAAUGAAAGGGUGCCAAAUCUCAGUCGUGUCCAGCAUCAAGCACUUGAAUAACUACCUGAACAAAAUAUUUGAGAUUUACCUCAUAAAGAACAAAUAG